AUGCUCUUGAAGCCUUCCGGCAUCCCUCCUUCUCCCGCUAACCCGCUAGGGACACUAGAAACCCACCAAGUCGGGAGGCAGAACUCUGGCUUCUCUGACGAAGACAUCUCUGAUACAAUCUGUAUCCUAUACCCUCAAUCCAACUCGGCCCACGAGGAGCUCCGGCGUCUCGUCAGCGAGCACUCCCCCCACAUCAUUGGGAAGGGCGAGGCCGACACCAUCGGACCCGAUUAUGCCCUAGAAGACCAAGCCGGCCGUUUUCAGUUUCAGACGGAGCCCGCGAUCUCCGGCAAUUACGCGAUUAUCCUUCGACUCUCAACCCAACUCAAGAACCCGGCCGCCGGCUUUGCCUUUGGGCGCAACUCGACUCGCUGCGAUGUAGUCUUUGUCAACGACCCAUCCCGGCGCAUUAGUAAUGUUCACUUCCGCAUCUAUGUCAAUGAGGACGGUGCUGUUGUGUUUGAAGACCAGUCAACCAACGGAACUAUGGUUGACAACCAGGUCCUGGCUUCCCACCCUAAGAAUAAGGGCAGGACUGACCCCCCAACAAAAAAACGUAUCCUAAGCUCCGGCACUAUCAUCCGAAUCUUCCUCCACAGAGAGGCUGAGGACUUGGCUUUCUGUAUCCGAAUCCCGCGCCGUGAUAAUGUCGGCGACCAGGCUUAUACUCAGAAAGUCGAAGACUUUUUUACCCGUCACAACCUAACACGCCAGGAAGAGACCAUUUCUGCUAGUCCUAGUGGUCAAGGCGACCGAAUUCUUACUUGGACUGUGGUCAAUCAAUCGACUCGCGCCCAGACACAAUCGCGAAAGAUGAAGAAGACACAGCAUUCCUCGAAGGAGUGGACCGGCUCGGGGAAGUACGACGUGACUGCUCUAAUCAGCAGAGGAGCCUUUGCUUCCAUACAUAGGGUUACCUCGAAGGAAGAUGGAGUGGCAUAUGCGGCCAAAGAAAUCGACAAGAGAAGGUUUAUUAAGAAUGGCGUCAUGGACAAGCAAGUGGAGGACGAGCUUAUGAUUAUGCAGAAGGUUCAUCAUCCGAAUAUCGUCAAAUAUAUCGAGCAUUUCGAAUGGAGUCCAGAAUCUCGUAUUAUCAUCAUGGAAUAUAUCCCUGGCGGUAACCUGGGAGAUCUCAUCUCAGGCGGAGGGUCGCUAAAGGAAGAAGUUGUCCGGAUACUAGCACAACAGCUUCUAAGCGCUGUAGGCUACCUGCAUAUGAAGAACAUUAUCCAUCGAGAUAUUAAGCCGGACAAUAUUCUCAUCAACUCUUUGGAUCCCAUCGACGUCAAGCUUGGCGAUUUUGGUCUGGCAAAACAAAUCGAUAAUAGCGAGACAUUUCAACAUACCUUUUGUGGCACUCUUCUCUACUGUGCGCCCGAAGUGUACACAAAGUAUGCCGACUACGACGAAAACGAGA